UCAUUGUAUUUUACACGUAAUUUCAUCAUGUCGAUCGUUUCGCGUGAUUUUUUUGUGCUUUUACUUUAUUUCAUCGCAAUGCAAAUUUUUAGUUAUAUUUUGAUUGAACAAAAAUCUCCUGCUAAAUUAUAAUUAAUUAACACACUGUAUGCUUUAAGGCAGUGUUUGUAUUUUUCCCAUAUCUGGUAUCAUUGAUUUUACAGCAGACAUCAUAAAAUCUUCAGUUUAAAUUUAAUUUAACUUCAAAGUAAGCUACAGUAAAACUUUUCUAGUUGAAACAUCUUUUUUUGUUUCUAAAAGUUCAGUAAUUGUUAAAGCGGUUCGUCGUAAAUAUAAGACGCAUUUAAUUUAUUUUUGUGUAAAUAAUUAUAUUACUCAUUAUUAAUUGCAUUCUAACGUAUAAAGUCAUAAAAUUUGUUCCCUAAAACAUCAUAAAUUAAUAAAUCAGAUUAAUUCGUUGAUAUAAAUACAUCCCAUUUUAUGCAAUAAGUCAGUACCAAUAUCAAAAUGUUUAAGUUAACAAUCGUUGUGUUAUCCCUAUUUUUGGGAAUAAGCUUAGGUGAUGAAAACGUGAAAUUUAUUUAUUAUUCCGGAGCAGGAGCUCCAACCGUCCAGCUUCAAACCGUCGAUAUUUCCACUGUGGACAUUAACGCAGGGAAAAAUGUUAAAGUUAUUAUUCAUGGUGCUUUCACAGACAGUAAUGCAGAUUGGUAUAGUCCAAUGAUUAAUGCUUAUUUGGGAAAGGGAUACCAAGUUAUUGCUAUCGAUUGGGGGAAAUAUGCUAAAAAUUUAUUACAGUUCGUUAGUAAAUCUGAUCAUGUUGGAAAUCUUGUUGGAGAAAUGAUUGCUAAUUUACAAAGUACUAAAGGAAUUAAUUUUAAUAAAGUUCAUAUUAUUGGUCAUUCCAUGGGAGCUCAUGUUGCUGGAUAUGCAGGUCGUAAAGUUAUUAGUACAACUAAUUCACGUAUUGCCCGAAUAACUUCAUUAGACGGUGCUGGAACAUCGAUUUUAAUUGGUAAAACUCCCUUAUCCUCUUCAGAUGCAGACUUUGUCGACUGCAUCCAUACAAGUUAUAAAGAUAAAUUCGGAUCAGUCUCUUUCUUUGUAAAUGGAGCUGAAGAUCAACCUGGAUGCAGUUCACUUUCAAUUGAUUGUAGCCAUAAUAGAGCUCCACCUUAUUUCACCGAAACCAUUAACAGCAAUGGAUUCGUAGCUACGCAAUGUGGAAGUUGGUCCAGUUUUACAUCAGGAUCUUGUAAUGGAAACGAACAAGUUGUUAUGGGAGAAAAUGUUCCAUCUUCUGCUUCGGGAGAUUUCUAUUUGCGUACUAAUAGCCAACCUCCUUAUGCAAUGGGUUAAAAAAAAUAAUGAACUUUGAAAUAAUAUUGAACUUAACUAUGUAAAUGAAUUAUAUUAAAUAAUA